UCUGGGUGUUUAGUGAAGUGGGUUGAUGGCCCUUUAAGAGUUGGUAGCUAGCUCCCAGUUACCAUGGAGACAGCUGGAUACAGACUCUGUAGCAGGCAGCAGGCAGCAUGUCCUCUAAAGUUCAAUCCACAGGCCCCAGAGCCAAGGACCACCAGGCCUCAACCCCAGAGAGUCUGCCGACCCCAGAGGCCAAUGCUGAAGCCAUUCACUUCCUCAACUCCCUCCGAGGAGCUACAGAUGCUGUUCUUCUCCGAGACUCUGGCCAUGGUCUCCAACACAGGGGAGCCUCAGGGAGAGCUGACCAUUGAUGUGCAGAGAGGGACUCACAAAAACAUCUCGGGUACCAUGUUGCACUGCCCCCUCGUGCAUGCCUUUAGCAGAGGCUUCAUGGACAAGAUGCUCUGCGGAAACUCUCUCCUGGCUGGUCCCCUCCCUCCACCUCAGGCUAUCUUUCAUGGAAUUUGGAGAUCAAGGAACAACAGAGUCAUGAGUUCAUCAAGUUACCCUGCAAUUCCCACCACACACAAUCUGGAAACCAGUCCAUCCAGGGUACUGGAGUUCCACAUCCUCCCCAUGGAACGGAAGAUGAGUUUGCUGAAGCAGGAGGAUCAGCUGGCCAUGACCAGAAGUAUCAAGGAGGGUGAGGAAGUGAAGACCGAAGUGACUUUUUUCCCCUGGCAUUCAACUGCGGGCUUCAUCUCUGAGUCUGCCAACCUGCUGUUGCUGAGGGUGAUGGCCUGGCGGCGGAUGGUGCCCAGUAACGCCCGCUUCCUGGCCUUGGACAUGGAGGGCAAACUCUGCUCUUCCACCUACCAAGCCCUGGGCUCCCAGACCAUCCAGGUGGACCAUCAGCAGGUGGAAGUGUUCAUCGUGGAACAGACUGUACACUCGGAUGAGGGCAUCCCCACGUCCUGCCAGUUCUACCUGCUGCCUGAUGGGCACCUAGCCAAGAGAGUCCAGGUGGGCUCCCCCGGCUGCUGCAUGAUCACCAAGAUGCCCGUCAUCAGGGAGCGGGAUGAGAUUGAGCCUCGCCCGGUAUUUGAGAAGAAGCCCCUGAUGUGGGAGGAGGACAUGGAGCUGUACUCGAGGUUUCUGGAUCGGAAGGAGGAGCUGCGUCUCAGCCACACCAGGUAUCUGCAGCAGCACCCGGAGGCCACAGCGCUCAUCUCGGACUUCCUGCUUUUCCUGCUGCUGCGCCAGCCGGCAGACGUGGUCACCUUCGCCGCGGAGCACUUCGGCCCCUUCGCGACGUGUUGGUCGCCCACCCCGGGCUUGCGCUCCUCCAAUCGUCCCAGCCCCUUCCGCGCGCUGGACCCGGAGUCCUUCUAGGCCCGGAGCGCGGCUGGACCUGGGCCCCGCGGGCGGGUAGUGAGCAGAAAGCCGGCGCAGCCCGGCUGGGACGCGGGCGGGUCGCACCCGGGAGGCGCGCCUUCCGGUCUGCGGUUUUGAGGGGAAUAAACGGGGCCCUUCCAAGAGUGCGAGCCAGAACCUUCCCUCGCCAGAGUCUUGUGUCUUGGCUAAGAAUAAAAACCAUUAGCAGCGUUAAA